UGCGCACUUGGUAUUUCUGCGGAUCCUCUUUAAAUUACACAGAAGACGACGUUUUGCCGAAAGAGUGUUGGACAGCUUGGCGUCCCUUCCGUUUCUUAAAUUAGCCCCCCUCAGCUUCGAGAUACCGCCCCCAAUUUCAGUGUCGGUACGGAGCCGCCAGGCCGGGACAGAGACGGAGAGAGAGCCCUCGGCCAUGGAAGCUCUCGGACCCGGCCCGCCUGCUCCUGCCUCCCUUUUCCAGCCCCCCCGCCGUCCUGGCUUGGGCACUGUGGGGAAGCCCAUCCGUCUGCUGGCCAACCACUUCCAGGUCCAGAUCCCCAAGAUCGACGUCUAUCACUAUGACAUUGACAUCAAGCCCGAGAAGCGGCCCCGCAGGGUCAACAGGGAAGUUGUGGAUACCAUGGUGAGGCACUUCAAGAUGCAGAUCUUUGGUGACCGUCAGCCUGGUUAUGAUGGCAAGAGGAAUAUGUACACGGCUCAUCCGCUUCCCAUCGGUCGAGACAGAGUGGACCUGGAGGUGACGUUGCCUGGGGAGGGCAAGGACCAGACCUUCAAGGUGUCCCUGCAGUGGGUGUCUGUGGUCAGCUUGCAGAUGCUUCUGGAGGCGCUGUCAGGCCAUCUGAAUGAGGUCCCCGAGGACUCUGUACAGGCCCUGGAUGUCAUCACCAGGCACCUUCCUUCCAUGAGGUACACACCUGUGGGUCGAUCCUUCUUCUCUCCUCCUGAGGGGUACUACCAUCCUCUUGGUGGGGGGCGAGAGGUGUGGUUUGGCUUUCACCAGUCUGUCCGUCCAGCCAUGUGGAACAUGAUGCUCAACAUCGAUGUGUCAGCCACUGCCUUCUAUCGCGCCCAGCCUGUGAUUGAGUUCAUGUGCGAGGUGCUGGACAUCCAGAACAUCAAUGAGCAGACCAAACCACUGACGGACUCCCAGCGUGUUAAGUUCACCAAGGAGAUCCGAGGGCUGAAGGUGGAGGUCACACACUGUGGACAAAUGAAGAGGAAGUACCGCGUGUGCAACGUCACCCGCCGUCCCGCCAGCCACCAGACGUUUCCACUACAGCUGGAGAACGGACAAGCCAUGGAGUGCACAGUGGCUCAGUAUUUCAAGCAGAAGUAUAGCCUGCAGCUCAAAUACCCCCACCUGCCAUGCUUGCAGGUGGGACAGGAGCAGAAACACACCUACUUGCCCUUAGAGGUGUGUAACAUUGUUGCCGGACAACGCUGCAUCAAGAAGCUGACAGAUAACCAGACGUCUACCAUGAUAAAAGCCACCGCUCGCUCGGCUCCCGACAGGCAAGAGGAGAUCAGCCGGCUGGUCAAAAGCAACAGCAUGGUGGGCGGGCCCGACCCCUACCUGAAAGAGUUCGGCAUCGUUGUGCACAACGACAUGACCGAGGUGACUGGGCGGGUCCUCCCAGCGCCCAUGCUGCAGUAUGGGGGCCGGGUGAGUACAGAGACUGGGAGGGACUGUGGCAGGAACAAGACUGUAGCCACACCCAACCAGGGUGUCUGGGACAUGAGGGGGAAGCAGUUCUAUGCUGGCAUUGAGAUCAAGGUGUGGGCCGUCGCCUGCUUCGCCCCUCAGAAGCAGUGCCGGGAGGACCUGCUCAAGAGCUUCACCGACCAGCUGCGAAAGAUCUCGAAGGAUGCGGGGAUGCCCAUCCAGGGCCAGCCAUGCUUUUGCAAGUAUGCACAGGGUGCUGACAGCGUGGAGCCCAUGUUCAAGCACCUGAAGUUAUCCUAUGUGGGGUUGCAGCUCAUUGUGGUCAUCCUGCCAGGGAAGACUCCUGUUUAUGCCGAGGUGAAACGUGUGGGGGACACUCUGCUUGGCAUGGCCACCCAGUGUGUCCAGGUAAAGAAUGUGGUGAAGACCUCUCCGCAGACCCUCUCCAACCUCUGCCUCAAGAUCAAUGCCAAGCUGGGUGGCAUCAACAAUGUUCUGGUGCCACAUCAGAGACCCUCUGUGUUCCAGCAGCCGGUUAUUUUCCUGGGGGCAGAUGUGACGCACCCACCAGCUGGCGAUGGCAAGAAGCCAUCCAUCGCGGCAGUUGUGGGGAGCAUGGAUGGGCACCCGAGCCGUUACUGUGCUACAGUGCGCGUGCAGACAUCUCGCCAGGACCUGUCCCAGGAGCAGCUCUUCAGCCAGGAGGUUAUCCAGGACCUGACCAACAUGGUCCGCGAGCUGCUCAUCCAGUUCUAUAAGUCCACGCGCUUCAAGCCCACGCGCAUCAUCUAUUACCGGGGUGGGGUCUCCGAGGGUCAGAUGAAGCAGGUGGCCUGGCCAGAGCUCAUCGCCAUCCGCAAGGCCUGCAUCAGCCUGGAGGAAGACUACAGGCCGGGUAUCACCUAUAUCGUGGUGCAGAAGCGUCACCACACGCGCCUCUUCUGCUCUGAUAAGGCUGAGCGGGUGGGUAAGAGCGGGAACGUCCCGGCAGGCACCACAGUGGACAGCACCAUCACACACCCCUCCGAGUUUGACUUUUAUCUGUGCAGCCAUGCUGGCAUCCAGGGCACUAGCCGGCCAUCGCACUACCAUGUGCUGUGGGAUGACAACUGCUUCACAGCGGACGAGCUGCAGCUGCUCACCUACCAGCUGUGCCACACCUAUGUGCGCUGCACCCGCUCCGUCUCCAUCCCCGCACCUGCCUAUUAUGCCCGGCUUGUCGCUUUCCGUGCCCGCUACCACCUGGUGGAUAAGGACCAUGACAGUGCCGAGGGCAGUCAUGUUUCGGGCCAGAGCAAUGGACGGGAUCCUCAGGCUCUGGCUAAAGCAGUUCAGAUUCACUAUGAUACCCAGCACACCAUGUACUUUGCCUAAAUCACCAACAGGUGGUGACGUCUUCACUUUUUUUCCUUCUCUCCUGCCACACCGCCCUCCCCCCAGUUUUUUCCUCUCCCUUUGUUCCUUCUCUCCAACUCUUCCUAUUUAUCUGUACCUCUUAGCUCUGUAUCCAUCUCUGCACCAAAGCAGUUCUGAAGCCAGCGGAUCUAGCUGUCUCGCCCAGUUUAAAUGGCUGAGCCACCUUUUACCAGCAGUCCCAGGAUUCUCAGUUGUACUGAGAGACCGUUGGUUUCUAAUGCACAGAAAAAGAAAACCCCAUUGAGCCAUUUUAAGUUUUGUUUUGAAUGUGUUUUUAUUCUCUUUUUAAACGUACACUGAGUACAAGUGAACCAGCGCCAGUCAGUCGGCCAAUCGCAUCCUCACAGCUAACCAGGACUCCUGUCUGUUUUUUACCUCAAGCCCAACAGGGCUGAUGAUUAUUAUUAGAGGGGAGCUUGCUUGUACAUGGAGAAAGUUCUAGAACAAGGUGAAAGAUUACUGUAUGUAUUCAAUCUUUUUCAGUUUUGUUACAAUUUACCAUGUUCAAACCUCCUUCCUUGUCUCUUACAAAGUGACCUGCAUCUUCACACCACUUCCUGUCCUCUUUGUAGAAAGUGUGUGAGGUGUCUAUUAGUCCCAUUGCAGGCCACUUGACUGUAAAGGCAGGUUAAGGAGUUAACUGCUGUAAAUGCCUCAGAUUUAAUGUUUUUAAUCUCCAUAUAUCUAUAUAAAUAAAUGAAAUAUAGAUAUGUACAACCAUAUAA